AUGUAUUUGGAAGUUAUAGAAUGCUUACAUCACGUCAAUAAAUCGAUAUAUGGUGUGCCUGCUAUUGUGGUUUUCAUUGCAUCAAAUGUCGCUGAUAUCAUUAUGACUAUAUACGGACAAUUAUUGUUUCCUAGAGAUUAUAUGAAUGAUUCUUCUUUGGUUUUUUCUUCCAUAUGCUUGUUAACGAAAAUAUUCAAUGUUCUAAUCUUAUACAUGAUUGGUGACUCUACGGAAAAAGAGGUAAAUCGGAUGAGUCUUGUCUUACAUCAACGAUCCGUCAUAGAAAAAAACCCUAGGAUUAAACGUCAGAUCAAGUUUUUUUUACUACGCAGAAAACACGAACACUACCAUUUCAAGCUGUAUGGAAUGUGUCAUAUUAAUAUAAGACAACUAUUUGGUUUAUCAAGCAAAGCAAUUGGUUAUUUAGUAACUCAAAUUUUGUUCAAAUUGAAUAAAUAA